AUGGCUUAUGAUAUGCACAAAUUGCUGUUGAAAAUGAAUUUGUGGAUGUUAAGCUCUGACUGCCCUGAUACUGACAUAGAGUGGGUAGUAGGGGAAGAUGAGGAGACUGAUAUUGGAGAUGGUCUUAACAGCACAAUUAACAACAUCAUUGAUGAGGUGAAUGCAAGUCUCCAAACUGAGCAACAAAGGGUUGAAUAUGAAGUGCAGAACAAUGAUGAUCUGCUUGAAAGUGAACUGUUGAGCAAAGAAGUUGUUGUGCAGGGAGAGUUCACUUCUGACAGUGAGGAGUUGGAUAGCCCGAAAGGGUCUGAUGAUGAGCAGGAUGAUUGUCCACGGUUUCAUGCAUCAACAAACUUCAAGAAGGCCAUUCAAUUUGUGAAAGGACAGAAGUUUCUUAAUAACAAAGUGCUCAGGAAAGCUUUGAAGCAGCAUGCCAUUGAGAACGGGUAUGAAUACUGGUAUUUGCACAAUGACAACAGCAAAAUAACAACACAAUGUAGAAGAAAAUGUAAAUGCAAAUGGAAUAAAAAAAGAACUAGGCUGCCUAUGUGCACAUGUGUUGGGGGGAGUAAAUGCCAUUUUAAGGUUGUGGCUAGGAGGUCUGUGAACCAGGAUUUUUGGCAGAUUAAGAGUCUACAUUUGAAGCACAAGUGUGUAAGGGUUAGAAGCAAUCUGAAUUUGUCUGCUGAAUUUUUAGCUGAGAGGUACAUUAAGGAGUGGAGAAGUGACCCUGGGUGGAAGCUUAAAAGUUUCAGGAGGAGAGUGUUAGGUGAUUUAGGUAUUGAAAUUAAAUAUUGUAAAGCUUGGAUGGCAAGAGCAAGAGCUAAGCUUAUGAUAUAUGGUUCUGCAGCAGAACAGUAUGCAAGAGUGUGGGACUAUGGGAAGGCUCUCAUGCAUUACAGCCCUGGUACUGAGUGCAAUGUGGUAGUUGAUGGAUUGGAGCAGAUUGAACCACCUCUGUUCUUGAGAAUGUUCAUACGCCUUGCACCCCUUAGGAAAGGAUGCUUGUCUAGUUGCAGACCACUUAUUGGGGUUGAUGGCUGCCAUCUGAAAGGUCCCUAUCCUAGUCAAAUUUUGGUUGCAGUUGGUAAGGAUGGCAAUAACAAUAUUUACCCCAUUGCUUGGGCAACAGCUGAAAUUAAAAAUACAGAAACUUGGGUGUGGUUUCUUGAGAGCUUGAUGAAAGCACUGAGAGAUGAAGAUCAAGGCCUGGGCUAUACCUUUAUAUCUAAUAGGCAAAAGGGACUGGUAGAAGCUUUGCACCAAGUGGUUCCUUAUGCAGACACUAGGUUUUGUGUCAGACAUAUUUGGGCAAACUUCAAGUUGCAAUUUAGUGGCUCAACUUUCAAGGAACUCUUCUGGUCUGAAGCAAGGGCUACAUUUGACUUUGAGGUUGUAAUGGAGUCAAUUAGGUUCUUGUCUAAAGAAGCAUUUGAAUACCUUUCUGACAUUCCAGCCAAACAUUGGUCUAGACAUGCCUUUAGCACACAUCCUAAGUCAAACAUGUUGCUCAACAACAUUUGUGAAACUUUCAAUGCUGUAAUGAAAGAAGCUAAGGACAAGCCUAUUUUGACUCAAAUGGAGUGGCUUAGGAGGUAUGUCAUGAAAAGAAACAAUGACAAAUGGGAUGCUUAUCAGAAAAUGGAACGGAAGGUUGUUCCUUAUGUGAAGAAGCUUUUUCAGAAGAUAGAACCAGCUGCAAGGCAUUGCAUUGUGCAACUGUCUAGGGGUGACAGUUAUGAGGUAGAACACAAUUUUGAUCUAGUCACAGUGGACUUGAUUUAG